AUGCCCUUCCUGAACGCCUUUCGACCGCCUGCGCCGCUCCCGGAGGAGGAGUACCACCUCGAGACUUCGCCCGACGAAUACGACCUCAACUCUUGCUACCCGGUGCCAGAGGAGGCUGCGCUGCGUACGGACGGUGUCAAACUGGUUCCUAUCAUCCCCUCUCUGCACGGCCGCGCCCUCUACACCCUCUUCUCCCGCCACCCCCAAGGCUACAAAUACCUCCCCUUCGAUCUCCCACCAACCUUAGCGGGCUUCCUGACCUACCUCGAAGCGCGACGGCGCGAACCGGGCACGCUCCUCUUUACGGUCUUUGAUUUGGGAUUGCAGUUUGAGGAUGGGGAUGAGCGGGAGGAGAGGAGUGAGAGGGUGGCGGGGAUCGUGGGGAUCUUGAAGAGUAUGCCGGAGAAUAGGAUGACCGAGAUCGGCCACCUGCACAUCCCGGCGCCCUUCCAGCGCACCCACGUCCUGACGCACUCCAUCGCCCUCCUCCUCAACUGGCUCCUCAACCCCCCUCCCUCCGCGCACGCCUCACUCGCCAACUCCACUCUCCCAUCUACUCCAGGCCUCGGUCUCCGCCGCGUGCAAUGGUUCGCCGACGCGCGCAACGGCCCUUCCAUUGCUGCUGCUCAGCGACUCGGUUUCACGAUUGAGACGACGACGAUGCGGUGGGACCGGGUCUUGCCGCCUGCGAAAAACGGCGAGGCGCUUCCUGAGUCUGUCAAGGGCGAGUGGAGGGCGGAGGAGGAGAAGCGAGGUGGAGGACGACACUCGGCGGUUCUUGGGCUCGGAUGGGACGACUGGCUUGAGGGCGGGGCGAGGGAGAAGGUGAGAGCGCUCGUGGAGGACAGGCCGGUGCUGAGGCGCAAGGCGAAGGAGGUCGAGGGGUUGUUGCCGUAG